CCGUGUCUCCGUGGCGGAGCUCCGCGCUGCUCAUUCCCACGGGCUGCUCGGAGGACACCAGGGCGAGGAGGAGGAGGAGGAGGAGUGCAGCUGGACCAGCCGAGCAGAAACAAGCAACGAUGUUGGAAAAGAGCAGUUGUUUAGUUUAACUAGUGGCGUUCGUCUGAGACACAUGUGAGAGGUGGAGGACCGCGGCGAACCCAGAUGAGAGCGAGCCGUGCCGUGCCGUGCCGUGCUGGCUGCUUCUUCUGGCUGUAACGUCCGUCUUUUGUUAGCCUGGCAUCUCUUCACUCCCAACAUGGAUCGCUCAGAGAAGGAGAGCAGGUCGGACGAAGAAGCCGAUUAUGAAGAAGAGGAGGUGGAUCCCAGAAUCCAGGGAGAGCUGGAGAAACUUAACCAAUCCAGUGAUGACAUCAACAGAUGUGAAACAGAGCUGGAGGAUGCACGGCAGAAGUUCCGCUCUGUUCUGGUUGAGGCCACAGUGAAGCUGGAUGAACUGGUGAAGAAGAUCGGCAAAGCCGUGGAGGAGUCCAAACCGUACUGGGAGGCCCGCAGACUGGCCAGACAGGCUCAGCUGGAGGCCCAAAAGGCCAGCCAGGGCUACCAGAAAGCCACAGAGGUUCUCCGUGCAGCGAAGGAAACCAUCUCUCUGGCUGAGCAGAGGCUCCUGGAGGAUGACAACCGACAGUUUGACUCUGCUUGGCAGGAGAUGCUGAACCACGCCACACAGAGGGUAAUGGAGGCAGAACACACCAAGACCAGAAGUGAGCUUCUACACAAGGAGACGGCGUCCAAAUACACGGCAGCUACCAGCUGCAUGAAGCAGCUGGAGAAGAAGCUGAAACGAACCAUCAGCAAGUCCAAGCCGUACUUUGAGAUGAAAGCAAAGUAUUACCUGCAGCUGGAGAACCUGAAGAAGAUUGUCGACGAGCGGCAGGCCAAACUGUCUCAGGCCAAAGGCGAGUACAAAGCGGCCCUCAAAAACCUGGAGACCAUUUCUGACGAGAUCCACGAGCGCCGCCGCAGCAGUUGUGCGAUGGGCCCCCGGGGGUCGGGCGUCGGUGCGGAGCGCGACAGCGUCUCCGGAGACGACAUGUCCAGCUUUAAGAUGGAGUCGGAUGGAAUCUCUAUGGUGUCUGAGUGUUUUGACGAUGACCCGUGUGGGGGCGGCAGCAUCGUAUCGGAGGAAGACUGCGAGACUCGCUCCACCGGCAGCCUGGGUUCAUCUCCCAGCAGCCCUCAGGAGCUCCUGUCCCCCUGCCCUUUCGUCAGCUCCUACUCUUCCUUUGGCAUGUCUUCAUCGGACUCCCCAUCGCCCACACCAUCCUCUUCUUCCUCCUCGUCCUCCCCAGCUCCCACGUCUCGACCCUGCAGCCUGGACCUGCCCAGCACCGUGACUCUGUCGGACUUCGGCCUGAUCUCGCCCGUGCUGGGACCUCGCAGCGCGUGCAGCGGGGCGUCAUCGCCCGAGUGUGACCUGGAAAGAGGCGACAGAGCGGAGGGAGCAGAAGGCGCCCUGGACAACGCUCCGCCCACUAAUAACAACGUCCUAACCUCCAGCACUAAGCGAAGCUUCAGCUUGGAGACCCGCUUCAGCUUUCUGAACCUGCGCCGCCCGCGAGCCAACUGCACCAGAAACGUGGACGGCUGCUCCCAGAAGAUGGAGGCGGGCCCAACCGUGGUCCUGCUCAAAGGAGUCUGAGGAGCAAAAAGAGAAUCUGAAAACUAUUUAUAAGCUACCUGCCACUACUGCACUCCAUCCCUAACCUUCAAACAGAGACGCUGAGGUGACCCCCACCCCUUCAUGAGCACUGUACCCCUGGACAGCUGGAAACAUGAGGAGCGCUCUUACUUUGAAAAUCCUACAUUUGAAAUGUAAAAACAUUUGUCCUUUAAACACUUAAAGGUUUUGUCACAAAACAAAAGAAUCCAACAUCUGAGCUUCUGCUGAAACUUAUGCAGAGAGCGUGUGGACCGUGGUGAUGAAGAGCGUCCUCCAGCAUGCGGUACCGGUAGCACACGGCCCAUGUUCUGCUUCCUUCAACACCUAAAACCACGACGGGACAAUCAUCACUGUCUUUUUAAUCUGUUCUCAUGUGUUCGAUAAUGCUGUAUUUUCUGAUGUUAUGUAUCUGAUGUUCACAUUUAGGAUUCAAACGUAAUAAAAAUGUAAAAAUA